CAAAGCAAAGCAACAUAUUUAACAUGGUUUUACCGGCAUCAGUUUUUUAAAUAAAGUUUCUAAUAUUGCUUUCUGUAAUAUAUAAUUUUAAAACCAGCAAUUCAUUACAAUAAUUUCUUGAAGUUGUAAUUAUAAUAAAAAAAAUUUAAUUUACUGGAAAGGAGGACUCAAAUACAAUACAAGAUGACUAUUGGGAAGAAUAAUAAAAUGAUUCAACACCUUAAUUAUAGGGUGAGAAUCGUAUUACAGGACUCUCGUACAUUUAUUGGAACAUUCAAAGCAUUCGAUAAGCAUAUGAAUUUAAUAUUAGGAGACUGUGAAGAGUUUCGUAAAAUUCGUUCAAAAAAUACAAAAUUGCCUGAGCGCGAAGAGAAACGAGUUUUAGGAUUUGUAUUAUUACGUGGCGAAAAUAUAGUUUCACUAACAGUUGAAGGACCACCCCCACCAGAAGAGGGAUUGCCUCGUGUUCCAAUCCCAGGCGCUGCACCAGGGCCAGGUGUAGCACGUGUUGCUGGUCGUGGUAUACCAGCAAAUGUUUCAAGUGUUCCAGCUGGUCUUCAAGGACCUGUUAGAGGAGUAGGAGGCCCAUCACAGCAACAUAUGGCACCCGGUAGAGGUGCACCACCGAUGAGACCACCUGGUAUGAUACCACCUCCUGGGAUGAUGCCAGGAAUUCCGCCAAUACCUGCAGGAAUGGGUCGUGGUGGUCCGCCACCAAUGAGAGGACCACCCCCUGGAAUGAUGAGAGGCGCCCCUCCACCUGGUCGAGGUGGCUAUUAAUUUUUAAGACUAGCUUUCAUUAUUUUACCGUAUUGUAAAAUGGAUUGUAAUUGAUUUUUCAAAUAUUAGUAUAAAAAUUUUACAUAAAUGUAUUCUGAAAUAAAAAUCUUGAAUAUGAAAAAAAA